UGGCUAUAAAAUAGACCCUUUAAAGCUAUAGACGCAAACAGUAAACUUACAGACUUCUGGAGCAUUCAAAUACAGCCUUCUGGAAUAAUCAAUUCACAGAAAUAAUUGAGGGAUGAAUUCCAUAUAUUGUUGGUUUGCCAUUGUAAUGGUUAUCUCUGGAACAACAUUGGCAAAUGAUUCGAAGAAGCUUCAAAAUGUAAAAACUGUGAUUGCUAUUGCAGACAAAGUAAUCAAUUUUCACGACCGUACUACUGAAUGUGUAGGAGAAUUGAUGUGUAUACUUGCUGCAUUACCAGAAUCCGAACGCAAUAAAAUGUUGAGCACCCCUUUAGGUCUCCUGAACAAAAUUGCAACUGACAAGGGACAAGAUCGUUACAGUUUGAUAUAUGCAGAAGCCAAGAAAUUAUUAGCUGGCUAUCCAACUAUUGAACAUGUUUUAAAUGCAGCUGCAAAUGGACACUCCGUCAAAGAUCAUAAAGUCUGUGCAUCAAAGUACUCAAAAUGUCCAUAUGAGCCAAAAGAAUUGCUGGACACUGUCAACGAUUUGGGGGAUAUUACCAAACUAUUUUCCAAGAAUGAGUUUGGGAAAGUCAUCGCAGAUGCACUGGAGUAUAACUACACACAUGUUGGAAUGACUCAGACACAUAGUAGAAAAAAGAGAUCAUGUGACAAAGAAGCAUUGGACAUUAGUUGCGGUACUCUUGGAGCUACUUGUGGUUUGGCGACUGUAGGUUGUGCUAUCUGUGCUUUUUUUUCAUUUGGAACAUGUAUAACUGUCUGUGGUACUGCUGUUGCCGGGGCUUGUGGAUCAGUCAUUGCUGGUUGUGGUAUUGCUGAGAUUGCAUGUCCAGCCAAACAUGAACAUGUCUCAGCCCAAAGGCCCGUAACUGAUAAGAGGUUCGGCUAAUCCGAGGUCGAGUUUGUCGUCAUAAUUUCGAAUGCAUGAAAUACGGUACGAGAAAUGUGUAAACUAGAUACUUUGAACAGUGUGUUUUUUCUAUAUGACACUUUAUGAUUGUUUCCAUUUAUUGUUGGUCCUUCGUAAUUAUUAAACACACAAUUACAGAAACAAGUCAUGCACACAUAAAAUCAAUACUGUACACAAAAAUUUACAAAGGUCAGUUACUAUAUAUAAGGAAAUCACUCGUGGAACAAAACAAGUUCUAAACGGUCUAUGAUAAGGACGUCUGCUUCACAUUAAAUUAUUAUGCAUUAAUCAUAAUUGUCUUAAUCCUUUAUUUGUUGUCAUUAAAUGAAUUUUAAUUAUAA